AUGAGCAAUUCAAAUAAAAAUUCUGAAUCUAGUACUAGUACCAAAGAUAAUCAAGAAAGCUAUUUACUCCUUCGUUGUGCAAGUCAAAAUUCAUUGGAUGAAAGUUCUCAAAAACAUGUUCAAAGGCUCAUUCCUGAAAAACCUCCUUAUAAAAAUAAACUUCACACUCAAACAGCUUUUGAAACUUUAAAUUCUAUGAGAAAGAAAAAACUUCUUUGUGAUGUAAUUCUUGUAGCUGAUGAAAGAGAAAUUCCUGUACAUAGAAUCGUGUUAGCCGCUUGUAGUCCUUACUUUGUGGCUAUGUUCACAAGUUUCGAAGAAAGCGCUAGAGAUAGAGUAACACUUCAAGGUGUCGACUAUCAUGCUCUCGAACUUCUUAUUGAUUAUGUUUACACAUCACAAAUACAAGUGACUGAACAAAAUGUUCAGGCAUUGUUGCCAGCAGCUAAUCUCCUACAGUUAACUGAUGUUCGAGAUGCUUGUUGCGAAUUUCUUCAAGCACAACUUCAUCCGACUAAUUGUUUAGGUAUACGAGCCUUUGCCGAUCUGCAUGGAUGUUUAGAUUUGCUUAAUCAUGCAGAAAAUUAUAUAGAACAACAUUUUCCAGAAGUGGUUGAAUGUGAAGAAUUUUUAUCGUUACCGUCACAACAAGUUUGUCGUUUAAUUUGCAGUGAUAGAUUGACCGUUCCGUCAGAAGAAAAAGUUUUCGAAUGUGUUAUUACUUGGGUACAUCACGAUUUAGAAACAAGAAAAGAUUACCUUCCAAAAUUAAUGGAACAUGUUAGACUUCCUUUACUUUCACAAGAGUAUUUAGUUCAAAGGGUGGAAGAGGAACCAUUGUUAAAAUGUAAUUUACAAUGUAAAGAUUUUUUAAUAGAAGCACUUAAAUAUCAUUUGUUAAAAGGAGAACAAAAAACUUCGUUCAAAACUCCACGAACAAAACCCCGGCAACCGAUUGGAUUACCAAAAGUUCUUUUAGUUGUCGGAGGUCAAGCACCAAAGGCUAUUAGAAGCGUUGAAUGUUUUGAUUUUAAAGAAGAAAAAUGGUAUCAAGUUACUGAAAUGCCUGUAAGAAGAUGUCGUGCUGGAUUGUCCGUCAUCGAUGGUAAAGUUUAUGCCAUUGGAGGAUUUAAUGGCUCUCUUCGCGUUCGAACUGUCGACGUAUACGAUCCUAUAUUAGACACUUGGCUUUCAUCGAGCAGUAUGGAAACACGAAGGUCUACUCUUGGUGUGGCCGUGUUAAAUAAUUGUAUAUAUGCCGUUGGCGGAUUUGACGGUUCGUCGGGUUUGAACACCGCAGAAAUGUACGAUCCGAAAACCAGAGAAUGGAGAGCAAUUGCUCCGAUGUCGACCAGGCGAAGCUCUGUCGGGGUCGGAGUCGUUCACGGUCUUCUUUACGCGGUCGGUGGAUACGAUGGUGCUUCUCGACAAUGUUUAAAUUCAGUAGAAUGUUACAAUCCAGAAUCUAAUAAGUGGACUCCCGUCGCCGAAAUGUGUGCUAGAAGAAGUGGAGCAGGAGUAGGUGUUUUAGAUAAUAUUUUGUACGCUGUCGGAGGUCACGAUGGGCCUUUAGUACGUAAAAGCGUGGAGGCUUUUAAUCCCGUCACUCAGACAUGGACGUCAGUGACCGACAUGACCCUUUGUAGGAGGAACGCUGGUGUCGUUGCCCUAAAUGAUUUGUUGUACGUGGUGGGAGGGGAUGACGGAGCUUCAAAUCUUGCGUCUGUUGAAGUGUACAAUCCUAAAACUGAUUCUUGGUCAAUGCUUCCUUCUUGCAUGGGAAUAGGAAGAAGUUAUGCAGGAGUCGCUAUUAUAGAUAAACCCGUGUGA